GGCACCUUUGGGCUCAGGUAGCUCUGGGGACAGGGACAAGGGAACUGGGAUGGAGGGACAGAAGGGGACAAGAACGGUGAGGAUGUGGCCAUGGGGAUGGGAUGAUGGGGAUGGGAUCAUGAGCUGGUGGGGGUGACCUGGGCCAGCAUGGGCUGUGUCCAUGGUGUCCUCGUGCCUGGGGUGUCCACAGUGUCCCCAUGUUGUGGCUCAGCCCAGGGUGGCCUCGGUGUCCCUGUUUCCAAGGUGUCUGUGCCACAGAGAUGUGGCGCACUGGUGGCUGUGACACAGACAUGUCUCCCUGCCUCGCCAAAUCUUUUUGGGACCACCCAGACACACUUACCCAAAAGAACUGCUGUCCCCAUGGGGACAGUUUGGGGACAACACCCACACCCUGUGCCCCUGUGCUGCUGUCCCUGCAGUGCCACCCCCACCCAGCCCUGUCCCUUCUCCCUUCCAGCACAGACCCUCGGCCUCGUUGGUGAGUCCUCGGGGAAUGCCAUGGCCCCACCCCGCUGUCCCCAGCCCCGCGCUGGCCCUGCCAGGCUGGUGUCCCCUGUCACCCGCAGGUGCCCGGACCACCCAGCUCCUCAUGGAGCCCCCCUGGAGGCCACCGGUGCUGUGGGACCAGGUGACACUGACCUGUCAGGGCUCGGGGACCGCCGGUGACAUCACCUGGUACAAGGACGGGCAGCGCUGGGGGCAGAAGGGAGGUGACCAUGUCACUGUCACCGAGAGUGGCACCUACACGUGUGACAGACCCGGCAGCGGGCACAGCCCACCCGUGACAGUCUCAAACGACUAUCUGGUGCUGCAGGUGCCGGCGCGGGCGCAGCUGGAGGGGGACACGGUGACACUGCGCUGCCGGGGCUGGCAGAACCGCACGGUCACCAGGGUGUCCUUCUACCGCGAGAGGGAGAAACUGAGGGGGCUCCGCGAUGGCACCGAGCUGUCCCUGUCCCCUCUGCAGCUGAGCCACAGCGGCAACUACAGCUGCAAGGGCCUGGUGGGAUCCUGGGUGUUGCAUGAGUCGGCACCGGUGACAAUGACAGUGUACGCCAGGUUAGAGUUGCAGGUGUCGGCGCGGGAGCUGCUGGAGGGGGACACGGUGACACUGCGCUGCCUGCGCUGGCAGAACAACCCGGUCACCGGAGUGCGAUUCUAUCAUGGGGACAAGGAGGUGGGGAGGCCCCUCAAUGGGGCCGAGCUGUCCCUGUCCCCUCUGCAGCAGAAGCACAGUGGCCGCUACAGCUGCCUGGGCCGGGUGGACUCCGGAGUGUCACCGUGGGCAAAGUCGGCACCAGUGACAGUGACAGUGCACGUGCCCGUGGCCAAUGCCACCAUCAUCCCUGGUCCCCUGACACACCAGGUGCAUGCAGGUGACAACGUGACCCUGCGCUGCUCGGUGCAGGUGGGCUCAGCCCCUGUCACCUUCACCUGGCUGCACAAUGGGCAGGAGGUGGCCCAGGGUCCCCUCCUGGAGCUCAGGGACAUCGAUGUGGGACAUUCAGGCACCUACCAGUGCGUGGCCACCAACCAGCUGGGACAGGACGGGCACCGCGUGUUCCGGGCAUUCAGCCCUGAGCUGGCUCUGGAGGUGACACCUGGCUCACCCUGGGUCACAGUGGCCGUAGGGGUCGGUGGGGCCCUUUUGUUCCUGCUCCUGCUUGUGGGUGUCAUUGUGGCCUGGCACUGGUGGCACCACCUGGAUGCCAGGAGGCACCAGGAAAGGGCACCCCCAGAGCCCCUGGCACCCUUGGUGGAGGAUCCUCAGGCGACGUACAUGGAGCUGCAAUGGCAACCGUGGGAACCCAGGGACAUCUAUGACAAUCUACACCAGAAGUUGUGAUGCUCUGGGAAGCGGGAGGCACUGGGUGACACUGGGGGUGCUCCCUCCAUGGCUCCUGUGCUUGCCCAUCCUUCCAAGGGCGGUGGGCAUGGGUCAGGGGGAGGCUACACAGGGCACCCUCUGCUCCCCAUUUCCUCUCCCACUACCCCCAAGGGCUCCCCCACCCCUUUGCUCGUACCUGCAGGGCCUCCCCAGCCCCAUCCCAGUGCUCAAGUACCCUCAGUGACUGCCCCAUUCUCUCCCCACAGUGCUUGCAGUACAGCCAGGGCUUCCCCAUUCCCCCUCCCACUACCCCUGUCCCAUCCCGCUGUAAAAGGGGGAGUUGGGGAGGAUUCCUUCUGAAAGGUUUCUCAGAUGAAAAUGAAGCACAAACAUGGCUAUAUUA